CACAUCCCUCAAAUAAAAAAUCUAACAACAGUCGUCAAGUUUUGGUUUCGGUGGAGACGAACCAAACCAAACCAAACCAGAGAGAGAGAGAGAGAAUGGCAGCCGCAGCUCUCUCCGCAGCCCGACCCAGCCGCCUUAGCUCAGCCGCCGAUGUUCCUCUCCACCCGCUCCAUCUUCCCACAAAGCUCAAUUCGCUUUUCUUUCCUUCCGGCAAGACUCAUCACCCGGCCGCGAUUCUCCUGCCUACGCGGCGGCGGCGGCGAUGCGCGGCGCCUCCUAGAGCCAGUUCUCGCGCUGACGAUUCUCCGCCUUUCGACAUGUCUGUGGAGACGGCUCUCAAGGUACUCGGCGUCUCUGAAGGAGCUUCCUUCGACGAAAUACUUCGCGCCAAGAAGUCCAUCCUUGCUUCCCGUAAGGACGACCCCAACGCCAUCUCCCAGGCGGAGGCUGCAUAUGACAUGCUGCUGAUGCAGAGCCUAAACCAACGCCGAGCAGGCAAAGUUGUGAGCAACAACAUUCGCUACGCCGACGUUAAAUCCACUAACCCUCUGGGAACAGGCAGGGUGUCUCAAUGGCUAAAGAAUCCACCUGUCUCUGUUGAUAUGCCAUCCACUAGCAAUCUUGGAAUACAAGCCGGAGUCUAUGGAGCAAUGAUGGCCUUGACUUACGUUAACGGGAGCUCCAUAGAGUCUUCCGGGGUGCCUUAUGCCGCUGCUGAUGUGCCCGGUCUGAUAUUGGCCACCAGCUUUGGAGCUUCCCUGUACUUCAUGACCAAAAGGAACGUCAAGCUAGGGAAAGCAGCUGCAAUCACGGCAGGAGGACUAGUGGUAGGUGCAGUGGUGGGGUCGACCGUAGAGAGCUGGCUCCACGUUGAUGUGGUCCCGUUUCUGGGUCUCCACUCCCCGGCCGCCGUCGUCAGUGAAUUCAUAGUCUUCUCUCAGUUCUUGGUCUCUCUCUGCUUACGGUAAAACUUUAGACUUUGGCUUUAGCUCAAACCUGUGACAUUGGUAUAUGUACGUCUUCCCCUCUCCGUUUAUAUGCAUUUUGUACAGAACACACCCCACAAAGUCCUUUGAUCGAUUCCUUUGGUUAUCUCUCAA